AGGCCCUCCCUGGCUCGCCUGGCGGCGGAUGUGAGGUCACCAGCAUUAUGACGGCGGUCAGAGAGCCCCUGAGCCUUUAAAAGGACCUCGGCCCCAACCUUCAGCAUUCACGUGGAAACAUCCCCGAGGCUGUUUGGGAGGGAGAAACAAAGCCUGUUAACAUGCCUUCCUCUCUGCUCCUGGCUGCUAUGGCCACUAUAAUGACCGUCUCCAUUUCAUGGGUUGGGGCCCAAACUGCAAGGACCGCUGCGGCCUGGAGUUCUACCGAGGCUACAUGUGCCAGUGUGACUACGGCUGUCUGGCCCAUGAGGAAUGCUGCACGGACUAUGAAUCCCAAUGCACCGAAAGACACUCGUGUAAGGGGCGGUGUGGGGAAGCCUUUAAGAGGGGCCGCAGGUGCACCUGUGAUCCUGAAUGUAUCAAGUUCAGCAACUGCUGUCCAGACUACAAGAACCACUGCGACGCAGCAGCGGAGGAGGAAGCCGAGCUGCAGAAAUGGACUUCUGCAGACGACCCUUUUAUUUCACCGGUCGCUCCACAGGACAACUAUGAUGAAUUCAGCAAUGAUUUUUACGAACCGAACUUUCCAAACCUCCCUGACGAUCCUCUUUCAAAGGAGGACUUUGAGACCAUAUCCGACCCAAAGCCCACUCAGGCCAUCCUCCCCGACAUGGGCGGCUCUGACCUCACCAAACCAUUCAACCAAGACAUCGCACUGCCGGAUUCUGAUCUGCAGACUAGACAGGAGUUUGGAGCAAGUGGAACAGAUGGAUACGAAACCAUUGAGCCAAGUGUGCCCCUUAUUUACCCAACAGAUUCAACUACCUACCCAGACCUAACUACCAACCCAACGGAAUCAACAACCUACCCAGACCUAACUACCAACCCAACAGAAUCAACUACCACCCCAGACCUAACUACUAACCCAACAGAAUCAACUACCACCCCAGACCUAACUACCAACCCAACAGAAUCAACAACCUACCCAGACCUAACUACCAACCCAACAGAAUCAACUACCACCCCAGACCUAACUACUAACCCAACAGAAUCAACUACCACCCCAGACCUAACUACCAACCCAACAGAAUCAACUACCACCCCAGACCUAACUACUAACCCAACAGAAUCAACAACCUACCCAGACCUAACUACUAACCCAACAGAAUCAACAACCACCCCAGACCUAACUACUAACCCAACAGAAUCAACUACCACCCCAGACCUAACUACCAACCCAACAGAAUCAACUACCACCCCAGACCUAACUACUAACCCAACAGAAUCAACUACCACCCCAGACCUAACUACUAACCCAACAGAAUCAACAACCUACCCAGACCUAACUACCAACCCAACAGAAUCAACUACCUACCCAGACCUAACUACCAACCCAACAGAAUCAACAACCUACCCAGACCUAACUACCAACCCAACAGAAUCAACUACCUACCCAGACCUAACUACUAACCCAACAGAAUCAACUACCACCCCAGACCUAACUACCAACCCAACAGAAUCAACUACCACCCCAGACCUAACUACCAACCCAACAGAAUCAACAACCUACCCAGACCUAACUACUAACCCAACAGAAUCAACUACCACCCCAGACCUAACUACUAACCCAACAGAAUCAACUACCACCCCAGACCUAACUACUAACCCAACAGAAUCAACUACCACCCCAGACCUAACUACUAACCCAACAGAAUCAACUACCUACCCAGACCUAACUACUAACCCAACAGAAUCAACUACCACCCCAGACCUAACUACCAACCCAACAGAAUCAACUACCUACCCAGAGUUAACUACCAACCCAACAGAAUCAACUACCACCCCAGACCUAACUACCAACCCAACAGAAUCAACUACCUACCCAGAGUUAACUACCAACCCAACAGAAUCAACUACCACCCCAGACCUAACUACUAACCCAACAGAAUCAACUACCACCCCAGACCUAACUACUAACCCAACAGAAUCAACUACCACCCCAGACCUAACUAUGACACCAACCUCCAGGGUAGAUGUAACUCCAUCUGUAGUUCCAGGGGCCACAGGAGCUACGCAGGCUUACUCCUCCUCAGAAGCUUCCACCUCUUCCGUUCCCACCCCCCCGAGUCCUGGACCACCAAGCGACACUCUGAGCACACUUCUCCCUCCAACCACAGACCCGACAGUAAAGGGAAACCAAGAGGAGGGAAGAGUGUCUUCAACUCCGACAACAUCUGAACCUUCCACAACUCCCCAGGCCAGGCCAAACCGUCCCCUACCAAACCGUCUGACACCAGCAGCUAAUAAACCCAGCUGGGUCAGGCCCACUCCUAAACCAAACCAAAGGCCAAGUUACCAAGCAGAUGACAGCAACGAUAUGAACCUCUGCAGUGGACGUCCGGUGGGCGCGGUUACCACACUCGGGAAUGGCACAAUUGUGGUUUUCCGAGGACACUACUUCUGGCUGCUGGACCGUAACAGGGUCCCGGGGCCGGCGCGCCGCAUCACGCAGGUGUGGGGCGUCCCGUCGCCCGUCGACACCGCCUUUACCCGAUGCAACUGCCAGGGCAAAACAUACAUCUUCAAGGGCUCCUUGUAUUGGAGGUUUCACAAUGACGUGGUUGACCCUGGCUACCCCAAGUUCAUCCACCAUGGCUUUGACGGCCUCCGGGGCCAAAUCACAGCUGCUCUGUCGGUGCCGCAGUACCAGAGCCGGAGGGAAUCCGUCUACUUCUUCAAAAGAGGGGGUUUGGUCCAGAAGUAUUCAUACCAGUUGGGCACCGGGUCAACAUGUGGCAAGAAGCGGCAGUAUUCCAUUAACAUUGUGCGUCACCGUAUGGCACGCCAAGCAGUGUCCGUCCUAGAACCGUCCAUUCGCAUCAGUAUGUCUUGGAGGGGUUUCCCCACCAGCGUCACGUCUGCAGUGUCCGUCCCGAGCCGCAGGACGCCGGAGGGCUACAAGUACUACGUCUUCUCAAGAUCGAAAUACUACAACGUGCAGAUGAAUACUCCACAGCCUGCCAUCGUGGUCCCUCCGGUCCAGGCAGCGCCUCAACAGACCUCCAACACCUUCUUCAGGUGUCCCUGAGCUGCCCCCGGGCCAAGCGCACCCUGCCC